AUUUAAAAUGAGAAGGGUCUCAUUUCAGAGAGUCACCAAAGAACACAAUUUUUUGGCUUAUACAGAAGUUUGAAGCCCAAAAUAUAUUUUGAUACAUACAGUCCCAAAACAAAUGAUUGUCUCUUCAAACUGAUGACAAAAGGAGCACAUAGGGGAAAUACUAUUAUUACAUUUAGCAAGUUUAUAAUUAACUGGGUAGCAAUUGUGAAUAAUUUUAAUACAGACUUAAAUAACUUUAUUAGAAUUUUUUGUUGUUGUUGUUUUUUUUUUUUUUUUUUUUGAUGAAGAAGCCAGAAAUCUUCCUAUCAUGAAUUUUUUUAUUCCAAAAGCUUAUACAAGCAGGUAAAGAAAUCUGAGCUCUGUUAAAUAUUUCAAGAAGCAGUGUUUCUAAAUAGCCCAUCACCACAACCAUCAUCAUCCACCUCGAACGGGGAACCCAUAAUGCCGGGGGGCGGGAAAUGUGACGUCACCCGGAAACAUUUUCAAAACAACAGCUAGAGCUAUCAUGCUAUAGUUCUGCAUGGGCAGUGCCUUUUAACUGUACAUCACUCAAAAUGUCAGAAAACAAAAGCGUACAGCAGUGGUCUUCAGAAGAAACCAGCGUGCUGCUCGCGAUAUGGUCUUCCUCAGAGAUCCAGGAGAAACUGGAGAGCUCGAAAAGGAAGAAAAGAGUGUAUGACGAAAUAAGCCAAGAAAUGCUGCACGGCGGCUUCAUUCGCUCGACCGACCAAAUAAUAAACAAAUUAAAGAAGCUUAGGAAGGAGUACAGGGACCAGAAAAGGAAACCAAGUAAGCGCGGCAGUGGACUUAACAAUAAAACCUUUGACCACGACGUUAUGGAGACUGUGCUAGGACACCGACCAGCCAGUCAACUGAACGGGGCCUUGAAUUCAGCGACGGCCACACUCGAGACAAACGAUGACUCGCCCGUGUUCUCUGUAGCGGAUCUAGGUAGCAGAAUAUCCGAGUGCAAAACUGCACAGCAGUGGUCUUCAGAGGAAACCAGUGCGCUGCUUGCGAUAUGGUCUUCCACAGAGAUCCAGGAGAGAUUGGAGAGCUCGAAAAGAAAGAAAAGAGUGUAUGACGACAUAUGCCAAGAAAUGGUAAAAGUUGGAUUUACCCGUACAACUGACCAAAUCAUAAACAAACUAAAAAAACUUAAGAAGGAGUUCAGGGACCAAAAGAAGGAGCCAAAUAAAAACAGCAGCCUACUGAGCAAUAAAACAUCCAACCAUGACGUUAUGGAUGCUGUGCUGGAACACCUACCAACGAGUCAAUUUACUGAGGCAUUAAAUUCAGCGACCGCCAUGCUCGAAUCAAAUGCUGAAUCUCUGUCUUCUGCAGCUGAUCUUGACUGUUCAGUCAACGAGGUGCUGGACCAAGCUGAAUCGUCCUUAAACUCUUCUCAAACCCAAACAAGAAAGCCUCUGGGAACAACUAGAAUCAAGAAGAGAGAUUCAAAUCAGGAGCUGCUGGAAUACUUGCAAACUGCUGAUGAACGGUUUAUGGCACACGCCAAAGAACUUAAUACUGCCAUUCUUAAUAAAAUGGAUGAAGCUACAAAUUCUAUGCUGGGAUUAUUGGGACGCAUGGUGGCGCUAAUGGAGGGACAGCAGGGAAACAAGCCAUGAAUGCUUUUGCAUACUUUAUUCUCAUCUGCACACUUCUUACAUUUAAAGUCAAUGAAAAAUCAAAAUUGAAGAAGUUACUUUCUUAAUAUAUGUUCCUGCUUUUAUUUUGAAUUAUUAUUAUGUACAUGUUAUUACAGAAAAAAAACAUUUUUUUUAAUCUGUCAUCAAAAAAAGUUUCUCUACCCCUGAAAUUACUUUCCUCUUUGACAUCACCAACUCCUCCCCUCCAACCACCUGUCAUAUAGAGACCAUAGUGUAGCAAACUACCAGAGGUGCAUUUUUAACUGUUUGUCUCCUAAAACCUUGUUCCCAAUUCCCAAACAGUCCUGGUUUCUGGCUCAGUGGAUUUUUUGCUCUGUGAAGUAGAAUGAACACAAAAUAUUGGCUGCCAGUGCUUUGCUCCAUCUAUGAAAAGCAUUUGAACGGGUGUGAAGUGAAAAUUUUGGGAUGCUCUGUUGGGGCCAGCAUCAAACCUUUCUUCGUGACUGAUUAAAUGGCCACACGUGGAAAACAACACUGUUGAUGUCAACAAGGGUUCAUCAUGCACCAUAAUGGAACCAACAGAUUAAGAAGACAAUGAAAAUGAAGUCCAUCCUGGUGUUGAAGGCAGCACAAGAGCUUGACCUGAGGCCCGUUUCAGAAAGAAGGUUUAGUGUAAACUCUGAGUAUGUAAACCCUGAAAUGAGGGAAACUCUGGGUUUUCUGUUUAAGAAUCGAAGGUAUCUCAAACCCGAGAAAGGGGGGUAAGUCAAGGCCAUUUUGAAAGCGGUAACUUUAGCCCCUUUCACACACAACGCAAACAUGUCCCGGGAUUGAUUCCGGAAUGGGGACCUAGUAACAUUGCUUGGAUCUGUCCCAGAAUGCGCUCUCCCUGUGUGAACAAAAGGCAGGACCAAUGCCGUAAGGGGUGUGUCGUAGUGAUGACACUGAAGCUGAGAUCAUUCACCAGCUUAGUGGAACGGUAUGCCAUGCGCUAGUUUAUGAUCGAAUCAGAAAACAAGAAUAAAAAUGCACAAGUGUGGUUUCUUGAGAGAGAAAUCGCAGAUCAACUUAAGAUGCUGCGGAGACAUUACACAUCACAUACUGAUGUCAUGUGUCUUUACGGGAUGUGUGAGAACGCACGCACAGAUUCCAGAAAGUCACUGGCAGUGUGAAUGAACCAAAAUCAAACGAUCCCGGGACAUAUUAUCAGUGUGUUUUCCUGAAUCUCUGUGUGAAAGGGGCUUAAUACUCAGAGUCAGUUACCAUUGUAACUUACUCUGUGAACUUAGGGAGCAGGUUUUCUUUGGUAAACCCUGAGUUUCUUUCAGUCUCCUCCCCCUUUUUAAAGCAUAAGCAGUAUAAAUACUUUAUUCAUUUACACUGCAAAAAAUGCUUUUCUUACCGAAAAACAAAUAUCUAAAAAUUCUUAAAUCAAGAUGCAUUUUUGAUAUAAGAAAAACUAAAGAUAUUUAGCAGGGGUGGGAAUCUUUAGUCACCUCACGAUCCGAUUACAAAACGAUUGUUGAUCUACUUUUUUUUUUUUUUUUUUUUCUCUUAUAAAGGAUUUUAAGGUUUUUAAGUCGGUAAACUAAAUAAUUAGUAUUUACAUAUCCUUACAUAAGUAAUUAUAAGUAGGUCUACUUUUUAAAAUAAUUACAAAUUGAAAAAAAUUAAACAAAUUAGAACAAUUGUAUGUUAAAUUGUAUGUUAAGAAUUUUAAACUAGGCCUAAUAUAACUUAAAACAUACAAGCAAGUCGCAAAUAAUAAAGAGGAGCAACGAAACAUAUUAUAAGCAAUAAACAGAGUGCUUUGAGUAUUUAAGAUUAUCUGAAUGUUCUCCUUCUCAUUUACUGUCGUUUGAUUGUUACCAGACAGCAGGAGAUCUAAUAAGUUGCAUUCACGCACGGAACUCUUUUGAAAUAUAAUAAGUAAUGCGGUUUGUCCUGUCCAUUUAAUCCCUUAAGACAAAACUGGCUGUGUUUACAUUAAUUUGCAAAAACCAUUUUGAGACAAACCUGUGCGUGAAGCCCACGAAUGUCGUUGUCAUUCGCUUCAACCUUUCCGAACUUUAUGAAAGAUUAUUUUACCUAAGGUUCGAGUGGUGUAUGUGUGUGAGGAAUUGGAAGCAAGCAGAAUACGGGUGUUUCUAAAGCACACUCAGCGUCAUCGCGUAUCUGAAUAAAAACUAUAAGCUCAGAAUCGUUUAAGAGAGAAUUGCGAUGCAUCGAUGGAUCAAUUUUUUUUUUUUUUUUUCUCCCACCCCUAAUAUUUAGUCUUGUUUCCUGGGGGGAAAAAAAUCUAAAUUAAAUGCAUUUUGCUUAAAACAGGUAAAAUUAUCUGCCAUUGGGGUAAGAAAAAUAAUAUUAAUGCAAACGGAAAACAAGGUUAUUUUUCUUACCCCAUUGGCAGAUCAUGUUUUAAGCAAAAUGCACUUAAUUUAGAUUUCUUUCCCCCCGGGAAACAAGACUAAAUAUCUUAUGUCAUUUUUCUUAUGAAGAAAAUGCAUCUUGAUUUAAUAAUUUUUAGAUAUUUUGACUGAAAACGAGACAAAAAUACAAAGACAAACAUUUUUUGCAGUGCAGUACAUUCAUUCAUUGCGCAUAUUUUCAUCAUGCAGAGACCGUCUCGGUGACAAAAAUGGCAUGUCUUUUCAUAGAGGAUCCUGUAGAUGAAGAAUACUGCAUUAAUUCGUAAGGAGUUACAUUUACAUCCGGAGAGGAUUUUAUUGUCAUCCCAAUGCAUUUUCAGUUGAUGCAUUGAUAGCAGGCAUAUUCCCAUCAUCGCCCCUUCUGAAAAUGAAACUGAUUACUGUAUGUCAGUAGGAGGUCCAUCCACAGUAUUGAACCAGGCUUAAGUCUGGCACAGUGUGGCGGGAAGACCUGAUCCACCCUGCAGAUUUCCAGGAUAGAAGGGUAGUCCAAGAUGUUAUAUGCCGUAACCAUCCACAAAUUAUUCACAAUUUAUUUGGUAAUCUUAUAAAUACAAAAGUUAUUAUUUUACUUGUUAGAUUUAAAAAUUCUUCCAAUACUUGGUACAAUUCUUCUGUGGCUAUGCAGGUCCUCCCCCAAUUUUGCAAGCCUCUGCCUUCUUUCUGUUGGCUGAGUAGAAGUCAAAUGUUAAUUUCAUUACCCUAAUUAAGAAAUGUAGAUUAGAGAACAUUUAAUUGUGUGAAAACAGCUUUAGACCGGAAAAAGGUGCUGCACAUUGAAAUAGACAUUGAAUGAUAUUUAGUUAUUUAAUAUGUCAAAUGUUUGUAAAGUCAGGUAGCCUACAACCAUGAGCCUUUUACACUUAAACCUCUACUUGAUUGAAUUGUUUUUAUACUUCAUUUUUAUCUGCUGCCACAUUCUUUUUUUUUUUUUUUUGCCCACAGAAUUGCACCUACAUGAAAAUGAAUAACUUGGCGAUCUGCCAGUUUUCACCUCUGAUAUUCUAACAGUGAUUAAAAAUUAAACUUAUGCAUUGACUCGAGUAGCAAUUUUCUCCCAAGCCAACUCUCUCCUUCGCUGCUGCAGCCGUGUUGCCUUUUUUCUAAAUAUAUGAUUGUAGUCGGCGUACACUUGCAGUAGCACUUCUAGUUCUACUGGGGAAAAGUAUGCGGACCUUUUUUUUCAGGAGCUGUUGCCAUGGUGAAUUAUAAUAUCGGAGCUCCAUUGAUCAUGGCUUUUCAUAGUUGUGGUACAUGAGUCAGUUGAACUAACUCAAUUAAGCUGUUCUGAAACCGAAAACUCAAGAGUUUCCCAUUUCAGGGUAAAUCAACUCAGAGUUCAAAUUUUAACUCAGAGUUGGUUGAAACUCUUUAUUGAAACAGGCCUCUGGUGCAAAGCAUUACUCUUGAAGGACUGAGGCCUCACCACCAGACUUCCUGGAUUAAAGGCUGUGAUAUUGCCCACUAUUGAACUUUGCUUCAAAGAACACAGCUAUCUUUUGCAUUCUAUAGCUUCUACAUGCAGACAUUGUCAUUUAUCUACAUUCUAGCUGUCAGCCUGUUGAGUCAGUUCCCUCAUCCAAAUCGUAUCCUUUUGUUGAAAAUGCUGUUAACUUUAAACAGUUGUUACAUUUGUUUAUUGUUUACACUUUUUUGUGCGUUGUUGCAUCAUUCUUUUGUGCCUAAAGUUGGCUUUUGUCUACUUGUUUGUACUUUAUUAAUCAGCACUUUUUACAUUUGAAAUUUUGCAAAUAAAAUACAUUUAUUGCAAUUCAUUUUUGUAAUAAAUCAAUAUACACUUCA